AUGACAAGUAAUUAUGAAACAAAACGAGAACUUGGUCAUUGGAAGCCCGAACAUGUACCUAAAUACCAUGAAUGGAUGCAAUCACCGUUUCUUCGGGAAAUGACAGCAUCAGAACCAUUAACGCUUGAACAAGAAUACGAGAUGCAAAGGUCUUGGCAUGUCGACGAAAACAUUUUGGCAAAGCCAGAGGUAUCACAUGAAUUAACAAAUCAAGAAAUAAAAUCUGCAAAAAUGAUUGGUGAUGUGAAUUUAUUCUUUAAUGAUAGUGAUAAUCCGAGUAUUGCCGAAAUUGAAAUCAUGAUAGCAGAACAAUCAUAUCGCCGAUCAGGUUUAGCAAAGAAUGCUUUGUUGCUAAUGUUUCAUUAUGCGAUAAAUAAAUUAAAUGUAACAAAAUUUAUAGCCAAGAUUUCUACAAACAAUCAACCAUCAAUACAAUUAUUUACAAGAAAAUUUGAUUUUGUGGAAAUGAGCUUUUCCAAUAUUUUUAAUGAACAUUCUUUGGAAUUGGUCGCUAAUGAAGAAAUCAAGAAAAAGGUUGAUGAUAGUAUGAGAGGCAAAUUUGUUACGAGAUCUUAUGAUUGA